CAGCUGUCACAAAAAUGAUUUCCUCUCUAGCUUGUUUUGCUGCCUUUAAGUUUUGACUAUCUAAAAUUAUUAGCUCAUUAAAACGUCCCUAUGACACAUUCCUACAAUGUCAAUGCAGAACCAAGUAUUACAAAUAACGGUAAUAUCGCAAUUAAACUCAUGAACCUCAACAGCGACCCCACCUCUGAACAUUUGAAUACCACGUACCUGGCAGUAACAGAGGGUGGUUCCGCACAAGUCGCCGUCGUGGUUAUUUUAGAGACGAAGUGCCUUCCACUGAGUUGGCUAAAUGUUUGUGGGUAUCUAACAUCAGAUAUGGAUUAAAUACAAACAAACAUGCAAUCUCAAAAGAAGGCCACAAUCAUUCCGGAAAAAAACGAACACCUUAAGCCUUUGUCAAUGUACUCCAGGAUUAACAUUGGCAAAAGCAGCCUUUCCAAUUUCCCUGAACCAUACAUUAAUUAUAAAUUUGAGCUUGUCGACAGUGGUGCGACAAAGCGGAAAUUAGAUGAUUCCCACCCGAAAAACCGCUCCAAGACCUCUGCUAAGAAACAAUUCAAUCCAAAGGCGUUGAAGCCGGAUUGCUUCUCCGUGUUUUGCAGAUCUCCAGUGAAACAACGCUCCCGUUUAGUCUUAUCCCAGGCCGCAUCGUUGGCUAAAACGCCAAGCAGCUCAGGACAUGUUGCGUGUGAGUCAACCCCAACACGAUGUGAUCACAAGGGGAUUGAUCCUUGCAUGUUUAAGGAUGAAAACUUACAACAGCAACCUGCCACUGAUGCCGAUGACCUCUUGUCCGUCAAACCCUCAGACACUUGUACUCCGAAUGUAAAACAUAAGGAUGAGGAUAACGGAUAUUUAUCCAUGUGCCUCACUCCCUCAAUGCUGACCCCACCUACCUCCAGUCCACCUCUAAAGGUGGCUGAAGAUAAUCUCCAGCUUGCUUCUGAGCUACAGAAGGCAACACAGGUUGCACAGAAAGGAUGCGGUUUCUCUCUUGCAAUGAGAGAACAAGACUCCACUCUAGGUGGGUUCUCAUGGCAUUCACCUGUGGAACCAUUAGGGGACUUUGUAGAGGAGGUGUGGAAUAUCGGUCCCCCCAUUAUGGAAUCAUCUAUAUGUACGAAUGAGGGUGAGGCUAAUGGGAAUCGGUCGGGAGUGGAGGUGAUGCCAAAUGAGACCCAAUCAUUACAAGAGGACAGUACACUUGAUACGGACACCAGUUUCCAAGUUCAGGUGAAAUCAGUGGUGCAGAUUCCUCGUCAGGACAACCCCAGUGUUAGACAAGCUGCAACUUCCACCAAGUCUGACUCAGAAAGAAGUACGGGACAAGUUUACAUCACAUCCAGGAGGCCAGUGGUUUUCAACACUGUGGAGGAUUGGGAGAGAGAGAAAGGAGUAUAUGUCCAGUCAGUCCUGAGACACAUCAAUGAGGGUUCUGGUGCUGCUCCAGAUGCUGUUGGUGAACUGUGGAACCUGAUGGCACAAGUCGGACGUGAUUCUUCCGGGAGACGAUGGCGACAUCCCUGCGACCUAACAUGCAGGAACUACCAAGCACGGUUGGGGAAAGUCAUACCAAAAAUGACACUCUACAAGUGGCAGGCCAAAAACUCCUUAACACACAAGCACUUUGACAAGGUGCCGAAAGUGUUUGAAAGAAGUACAUUCCCCUAACUGACACCAGCCCUUUUUUAUUGUUCAAGUUAUAAUAGCUGUUGUGUUUGCACUUUUUUUUAUAUGUUUGUACUAUUUUUCUAUUCUAAAUGUGUGCAGUGUAUUGUUGUUUGAGUUUAAAUAUAGUUAGAAGACUUUAUAUUGCAUGUGACAAGGAAUAAUGUUUGCUAUAGUUGAAUUUGAAAUUCCACUGAAUACAAGAAAUUGUCAUUUCAAACAAGUCAUUAAAAUGUUUG